AUGAGCCGACAGCUGUAUGCGGCAAACUCCGUCUGUGGAAGAAGGGGUUUCUCAUCAGCUUCUGACAUAGGUGGUCUAAGUCGAUAUAGAUCAAGUGCACAUGCCAGAUCCCAACUUGGUGGAAGAAAUAGUUAUAGCUAUAGCUCUAGGAGCCUCGCAAACAUAGGAGGAAGCAAAAGAAUAUCUUGUAGCAGUGGAGCCUGCGGAGGCCUUGAUAUUGGACAUCAUGUUAGCUAUGGUGUUCGGAACUAUGGCAAUGUACAUUAUGGCAUCCCCAGAAGCUACGUUGAACUCAGAAAUUAUGCUGUCAGAUAUCGAAAUGACCACGGAGUCAGCUUUAAUGAACACCUCUUAAAACCACUCUGUGUUGGAGUUGACCCUGAGAUCCAAAAAAUACGACUUAAUGAGAGGGAACAGAUGAAAUCUCUCAACAACCAGUUUGCCUGCUUCAUCGACCAGGUUCGGUGCCUGGAGCAGAAGAACAAGGUGCUGGUAACCAAAUGGAACCUCUUGCAGGAACAGAUGCCACCUGUUAGGAGAAAUCUUGAGCCUCUCUUUGAAAACUCCAUUAGCAGCCUGCGCAAGCAUCUAAACUUUUUGCUGGGUGAAAAGGAGCAGAUGGAACUGCAAGCGCAGAAUGUGCAGCGGUGCGUAGAGGAGCUUAAGUGCAAGUAUGAGGAGGAAAUCAACCAGCACAUGACCACGGAAAAUGAUUUUAUUUUGCUUAAGAAGGAUGUAGACUGUGCUUUCAUGAACAAAGUGGAGCUGGAGGCCAAGGUGGAGACAUUGAAAAGGGAAAUUGAAUUCCUGAGGUGUGUGCAUAACAAGGAGCUUGCUCAGCUUGAAGAGCAGAUUCAAUGUGGGGCAUCAGUCAUUGUACAAAUGGACAACAGCCGAGAUCUGGACAUGAAUUCCAUCCUCCAAAAUGUUGAAUCCUGGUAUCAGAGCAUUGUACAGAGGAGCAAAGCAGAAGUGAAUGCUUUGUACAACAGCAGGUAUCAGGAACUUCAGAACCAAAGAUGCCAAGUUAAUGAUGAUCUGAAGAUCAACAAGCGUGAGACUGUAGAGCUGAGCCGGAUGGUACAGAGACGAGAGUGUGAAGUGGAAAAAACCAAGAAGCAGGUAGCUUGUCUGCAGUCAGCCAUUGGUGAGGCAGAUCAGCGUGGCAAUCACACCUUCAAAAAUGCCCAAGAGAAACAUGCUGAACUAAACAAUGCCCUUCAUAAAUCCAAGGAUGAGCUAGCAUGUAUGUUGCGCAACUAUCAAGAGCUUCUCAAUGACAAGAUGGCUCUGGAUAUUGAAAUAGCCACAUACAAGUCACUGCUCGAAGGAGAAGAAUACAGGAUAUUUUCUGGAAACCUUGCAAAUGUAGUGGUGGUGCCUAUCCCAAGCAAAGGAACUGAUGACUGCGGCUCUGUGCAUGAACCUGGAUAUGGCUCUUUAAAGGGAGGGAUCAGCAGCAGCAGAAGUGGAAAAUAUAGUCCUGGAGGUCCAGGGAAAGGACAGAACCCAGGAGAUGCAGACUGCUACCCAGUAGGAUAUGCUUCUAGAAAUGUAUCUAAUACUAUGGGUAACCAGUGCAUCCCUGGAGGUGAAGAUUUCAAUGUGGGCGCUCUCACGAGAGUUUGUGAGCGGCUGCCAGAUAGUGAUGGGGACAGACGGACGGUGGCCAGGCUAGCUGGCAGUGGGCGAGGAGGGAAAGAGGUGGUCAGGCCAGCCAGCCGGAGGUGA